AUGGCGCUCCCCCUGCCCUCCCCCCAGUCCUUAGGCUCGUCGAACCUGAGUGGGGGGAGCACAGGGGCAGGGGGAGGCGGCGGGGGGAGUAACAUAGGAAGCAGCGGGCUGGGGAGUGGGGGCGGAGGCCUUGGGGGGAGUUUCCGCAGGGCGGGUUCAGGCGGAGGUGGUGGGGGUUCUGCUGGGGGUAGUGGCGGCGUUUUGGCCAAGUCUGAGCUGAGGGCCGCCACAGGGGGGUUCAGCAGGGAGAAUCUUCUGGGGGAGGGCGGAUUCGGGGGCGUGUACAAGGGACAGGUGGACGCUUGGCCUAUAGACGGCGUGCCUAUAGUGAUGGGUCAGAAGAUUGUGGUUGCGGUUAAGAGACUGAAUAAAGACGGGCUACAGGGCCACAAGGAGUGGCUGGCAGAGGUGAACUUUCUGGGAAACAUCCAGCACCCGCGGCUGGUGCGGUUGCUGGGGUACUGUGCGGAGGAGGAGCAUCGGCUGCUGGUGUACGAGUUUGUGCCCAACAAGUCCCUCGAAGAUCACCUUUUCAAGUCCAAUACAGCUAAGGGCGGGCCGGGGCUGGCCUGGCUGGAUCGCAUUAAGAUUGCUCUUGAUGCAGCCAAGGGACUGGCUUACCUGCAUGACGAGACAGAGAACCAGGUGAUAUUCAGGGACUUCAAGGCCGCCAACAUCCUCCUGGACAACGACCUGCAUGCCAAGCUGUCCGAUUUUGGGCUUGCCAGGGCGGGGCCUGAGGGCGACCGCACACACGUCAGCACGCAGGUGGUAGGAACAGUAGGCUACGCUGCGCCAGAGUAUGUCCUAACAGGCCACCUGACAGCGCGCAGUGAUGUGUGGAGCUAUGGGGUGGUGUUGGUGGAGCUGCUGACGGGCAGGAGGGCGCUGGACGAGAGUCGACCCAGAGAAGAGGUCUUCCUUGUGGACUGGGCCAAGCCGUACCUUGCAGAAACACGUCGCCUCUUCCGAAUCAUGGAUCCGGGGUUCGAGGGCAAGUACUCAGCCAAGGCAUCGCAAAAAGUGGCUGCAUUGGCGCUCUGGUGCUUAGCUAAGAACCAGAAGCAGCGCCCCACCAUGACCCAAGUGGUUGAGUCGCUUACUCCACUGCUCGACCUCACAGACAAUGCCGGCCUGUCAGCAUCGCCAGCCCCCAUCACCCCUCUCCGCGUGCCUCCCGCCUCGCCCAUGGGUUUCUUGAACCCUGGAGCAGGAGGGGGGCCAGGAACACCAGGAGGCGGCGGAUUAGGCACUCCCGGUGCACUGGGUGCUCUAGCCAUGCGUCGCGCUGCCGGCCCUCCCUCCCCCGGGGUUGGACCGGGACCGUUCUCCCCUGCGCAGUUCAACUCCCUGAAUCCACCUCCUAAUGCCCGGUUCAGCCUGCGGCCGCCGCAGCUGCCUGUGGGAAAGCAGCAGUAUACUUCCCCGUUGCUGGACUUCAAACUCCCUCGCAACUUCGGAAAUUCGAAAGCCAUGGCUAACUCGCAACGCGCCUCGUGGAUUCUGCUCCUGCUCGUUACGUUCCUUCACUCCGCUCUGCCUAAGGCGCAUAGCUCCUGGGUCACUCACGGAGGCGACCUCCUGAACCGCCGGUGGGCAAAGAAUGAGCGCCAGAUAACCCCAUUCUCCGCUUCCCAGCUUGCAUUAUCCUGGGAAUUCACCACUCAAGGCGAUGUCAGCGCAACACCCGCUGUGUUCGGCGAUUUCGUCUACUUCCCCGACGCGGCAGGGUACCUUUACGCGGUGAGUCGGAGCACGGGAGCUACCGUCUGGCAGAAGCGCAUUCGUACGGAUUAUGGAAUCGACCAGGACAAUUUCCAGGGUCGCGACCCGUACUCUCUUGCCACUCCUGUUGUGGUUGACGGCAGCGGGUUUCUCGGAGACCUCCUCAUCAUAAGCGUUUACGGGCCGGCGUACGUCUUGGCAGUGCGAUGCAGCGACGGCGGCCUGGUCUGGAAAACACUGGUUGAUCCGCAUCCGGCGGCAGUUGUAAUGGGGUCCGAUCCGGCCUACCCCUGUUGCACCUUCAUUGGAAGCGUCGUGAAGCUGAAAAUCGUCGAUGGUGCAAAAGUGUGGCAGACUUUCACUCUGCCGCCCAACGGCGGAAACGCCAGCCUGUAUGCCGGCGCGGCUGUGUGGGGUGCGAAUCCAUCGAUCGACGAGGCGAGGAAGCUGGUUUUCGUCGCGACUGACUACGAUUUCGGAAUGGCCCCUCUGCUAAUGUCCAUUGAGACGAACAUCACAAAGGGAAAUGGACAGCAAUGGGCAAAACGCGACAUUGCAGUGGCAGGCCAAAAGUCCGGAAUAAUCUGGGCCCUCGAUCGUGAUGAUGGAUCAAUCGUGUGGUCCACGGCUGCUGGCCCAGGGGGGCUUCUUGGAGGUGCGUUGUGGGGAAUUGCAACAGAUUUGGAGCGAAUUUACGUGGGAAUUGAGAACAGCGAUUUCAAGAAUUUCACUCUUUUGCCUUCCGCUACAGUCACAAAUGGCAGUGCUUGGGUUGCGCUCGAUGCUGCAACGGGGGCUGUGCUGUGGUCAACGGCCAAUCCGACUACCCUAGGUUGGGCGAUGCUUCCUUCGACAGCCAAUGGGGUGGUGUUCGCAGGCUCGCUGGACAUAGAGGGGCACGUAUACGCGUUUGAUGCUGCAUCGGAAAAUAUCGUAUGGUCCUUUGCACCUGGCGCUUCUGUUUAUGGUGGAAUAUCUGUAGACCGUGGUUGCAUUUUCUUUGCCUAG